AUGCCAGACCCCCCCCCGCCACCAUCAGCUUCAACAGCGCCCCCACAAAACCUCAUCCUCUCGGACCCGCUCCUAAAACCUUUCCUCUCCCCAACCUUCUCCCCAAGCGCCUACCUGAACAACACUCUCCCACCCCUCCUCCCACCGCCAAACCUCAAUCCAGCAAGUACUCCAAGACCCGCAAAUGCCGAACCCCUCUCCACCCUCUCCUCAAAAAUAACAACUCUGCUCUCAACUCUAGAUCUGCAGACGCAAACCCUCAUUUCUACCCUCCAAUCGCAAACCGAUGAGAUCCUCCGGCUCGCGCCAAGACUCGGGUACGAGGUGGACCUGCUCCGUAGCGAUGUGGUCUCACUCGCCGCCUCGCUGAACGAGGACUUGGAUGGGUGCGUGCGCGAGUUACGCCUUGGGGGAGAGGAAGAGGGGGAGGCGGGGGAGGAACUACGGGUGUUGGAAAAACUCCGCAUGCUUUCACGCGUGCGUGCGCGUUUGGAGGAUGUUGUCAAGGUUUUUGGACACGCGAUGGAUUGGACACUCGAGGGCCCCGGUGAGGACGAAGAAGCAGGACAAGACAACUUGGUACCCCCAAUCACUGAUCCAGCCCCCCGCACCCCAUCCCCCAUCCGUGCACUUCGGGGCGCGAAAAAGGCCUCGGGGAGUCAUCCCGUUGAAGACGUGCUCUACCAUUUAUCCACCGGGGACCUGGACGGUGCGAGACAAAAGGUGGCGGAAUUACGGGAGCUGUGUAAACUUUUUGAGGGCACGGUUGAGGGGCCCGCUAGGAAUGCCGUUGUCGAAGCGCUGGAAGGGAAGAUUGGCGAGGAGGAGGCUGGACGGGAGGCGGAGAGACUGAAGGAAGGUGGUAGUGGGGUAGAGGCAAAGAAUAGCAGGGCGUCGUUGGAUAGGGAUACCCAAAGCGAUGAGCGUGUCGAAGGAACCGGCUGGGCGGGAGGCAGGGAGGGGUACUACGGAUUGAUCAACCAGCUAUCGAGGAUGAGGGGGAAUAUGACUUGACGCGGCGUGAGGGUUGUGGACUUGGGGUGUGGCGCGGUAGAUUAGGCAUGUAUUUUUUCGGAAAACCGAUAGGAUGCCCGCCAAAACAUAGAUAAUGGGAUAGAAUGCCCGUAAGUUGGGGGGGGGGGUAAAAAAUUCUAAGCGAUGUUGAGUAUCA